AUGUCUCGAGUCUUUAUUAACUUAGACAGUUCGUUAAAUGAGCCCGUUAAUAAUAUUUCAACAACCUCCUCUCUAGGCGUUGAGUGUAAAUGGGUAGUAUUACCAGCUGAACCGCCCCAGUUUUCUAGUGGAGUACAAUUAACGAUCCUAAGUAUAGGGAAUGAGAAAGAGGGAGAAGCUAACCCUGUGACAGUGGGUGCAAUUACGGAAGAAAGUACCCGAAUUAGGAGCGGCGCAAGAAUUAUAGGAAAUAUCGGAAGUUCUAAAAUUAUAGACCUUUUACAAAGGAAGGAUAUACACUAUUUAAUAAGCGUACGAAGCGAAUACGGUAGAGAAGAUUGGCGAAAUAACCUUUAG